AGCGUGGUGACGUGUGGUCACGGGGCGUAGGGACGGAGAGCUUGGGCUCGCAGACUCGGCGGUAUUACGCGGUUGCCAGCUGGACGCUGUGGUGAUCUCUCUUUAGCUCAGGCGCUGCCUGCUCGCUCUCACUCUGUGAAGCGCAAGCCCGCUACACCUCCUUCCCUUCAUCUGUAGCUGCGUCGUUGCCACUCCGCCACCAUGUUCGAAGCGCGCCUGGUCCAGGGCUCCAUCCUGAAAAAGGUGCUGGAGGCGCUUAAAGAUCUCAUCAAUGAGGCCUGCUGGGAUAUCAGCUCGAGCGGCGUCAAUCUGCAGAGCAUGGACUCGUCCCACGUGUCUUUGGUGCAGCUCACCCUGCGCUCCGAGGGAUUCGACACGUACCGCUGCGACCGCAACCUGGCCAUGGGUGUGAAUCUCACCAGCAUGUCCAAAAUACUAAAAUGUGCUGGCAAUGAAGACAUCAUUACCCUAAGGGCUGAAGAUAACGCGGACACAUUGGCACUAGUAUUCGAAGCCCCAAAUCAAGAAAAGGUUUCAGACUAUGAAAUGAAGUUAAUGGAUUUAGAUGUUGAACAACUUGGAAUACCAGAACAAGAGUAUAGCUGUGUGGUAAAGAUGCCUUCUGGCGAAUUUGCGCGCAUAUGCCGAGAUCUCAGUCAUAUUGGAGAUGCUGUUGUAAUUUCCUGUGCGAAAGACGGAGUGAAAUUUUCUGCAAGUGGGGAACUUGGAAAUGGCAAUAUCAAGUUGUCACAAACAAGUAAUGUUGAUAAAGAAGAGGAAGCUGUUAGCAUAGAGAUGAAUGAGCCAGUUCAGCUAACUUUUGCACUGAGGUACCUGAACUUCUUUACAAAAGCCACUCCACUGUCUCCUACAGUAACACUCAGUAUGUCUGCAGAUGUGCCCCUUGUUGUAGAGUAUAAAAUUGCUGAUAUGGGACAUUUAAAGUACUACCUGGCUCCCAAGAUUGAGGACGAAGAAGGAUCUUAGGUGUUUCCAAAGUCUAAGAAAAGAAAACUAAGCCCUUCAAGAACUGCUUCUGAGAUUCCAACAUGCCCUUCAAGUUUCUUCUAUCACCAAAUUUGUACCUGAGUACAUAUGUAGAUAAUGUUCUCUGUAAAUAACCUAUUGUUUUCUUCAUUCUCUACAAUUUAAAGGAUAGUCUCAAGUCAGACCUGAUCUUAACAACCUAGAACUACUGCUGUAUCUAGAAAAACUCUUUAGGAUUUUUAUAAGAAAGGGUUUUAACUAUUAGCACAAUUUUAAGAAUUGUAUUUUCAAUUUAAAUAAAAGUUAUUUGAAUUUCAAACAUCAGAGGAUAGUGCCUUCAUUUGAACCAAGUCACAAGUAUUCUAGCAAAUUCACAGCUAAUGCUAUCUUGUAUAAAUGUUUGGGUUUUGUUUUGUUUUUCAGUCUAGAGCAGCCAGGUAUUAAUACAUUAGAGCCAUAGAAAGUACUUCAAAUGCAGUGGGUGAUAAGAUAUUUUGGAGGGUUCAUUUGCCAAACUUAUUUUUGUAUUCUUUAGGUUAAGAAAUGAAUGGGAAUACAGCAAAUUCUAUAUAUUUCAUUUUUUUAUCUUGCUGUUACGAAAAACCACCUCAAAGAUUUUAUGAGACUAGCAUUGUUACAGGGCAGAGUUUCUUUGCCCUAGGGAUCCUUUUACAAGAAUCUUUGAAGUUUUACUAGAUCUGUGAUAGAGUUCAAGGAAUAUG